AUGUGGGCCCUGAUCCCGGGGGAGCUUUUGCUGGGGGUGGUCUUGUCCGGUUUGGUAGGCCGGGCUCGAAGCAGGAACGAGAUGGGGUGGGAAGGCGUGAUUGAGACUGUGAGCCAGGGCCUGGCUGGGGCUCCUGCCGGGGGGGUGGGGCGCACGGGGAUCCCUGGGGGCCAGGGCCGGAUUCACUUCGGGGUGGCUGGCUGCCGGCGGAGCCCGCGGACUCGUCCCCGUGGCUCCGGCAUUGCGGUGGUUGGGGGACUUCCUUGGGGCUGUCUCUCCUUCUCCCUUGACCUCUCAAAGAAUCGGCUCAGUGACAUCCCCUCAGAGGUUUGUCACCUGGUUGCCUUGGAGACCCUAAACCUGUAUCACAACUGCAUCAGGAGCAUCCCAGACAGCAUCAUCGCCCUGCAGUCCCUUACAUCCUUGAACCUUAGUCGAAAUCAACUGGGCUCUCUGCCGUCAUGUCUCUGUGGUCUACCUCUGAGGGUCCUCAACGCCAGCAACAACAAGCUAGUGAACCUACCGGAGACCAUUGGGCAGCUGCACGGCCUCAUGGAACUGGAUAUCAGCUGUAAUGAGAUCACGGCUCUACCUCGACACAUUAGCAGGCUUAAAGCCCUGAAGGAACUCAAUGUUCGGCGAAAUCUUCUCUGUGUCCUGCCAGAAGACCUGGCUGAUCUUCCGCUGGUAAAGUUUGACUUUUCAUGCAACAAGGUGUCCACCAUCCCUGUGUGUUACAGAAAAAUGAGGCAACUCCAGUCACUGCAGUUGGAAAACAACCCGCUGCAGAGUCCACCUGCACAGAUCUGUAUCAAGGGGAAAGUCCACAUAUUCAAGUAUUUGAGCCUCGAGGCUUGUCGCAGCGAGAAGAUGCCUGACUCUCUGUACCUCCCAGUUAUGGAGCGACUCAGUUUCCCCCGUCCCUACACCGGCAGUGUGGAGGACAUGGAGCAGCAGAGGAAGCAGGACAGCGACUCUGGAGUCGGCAGCGAUAACGGAGAUAAGAGGCUGUCUGCGACCGAGCCUUCAGAUGAAGAUAGUCUGAGUCUCAACGUGCCAAUGAGUAACAUUACAGAGGAAGAGGGAAUUGGCAAAGAUGACUCUAUUGAACACAUAAGCUCCCUAACAGUGGAUCCAAACUCUGACUCAGUGCAUCUUAUAGAAGAAAGCCCUACAGAAGCCCUGAACGACCCAAUGAGCUACAGAGGCUCGUCUCUCAGUUCUCGCUUCAUCAACUACAUCAAGGGUCGAACCGCUGCAGACUUUGAAGAACCACUGAGGAUAGAGGAAGACCCACACUGGCCAAUGGAACAAACGUCUAAGGUCUCGGGGGGCACAGAGCUCCAAAUUCACAUGAUUAACCAGCUACAAGAAGCUGUGGAGCUGCUGCAGAGCCCCAGCAGAGUGAGCACAGAGCAGGAGGAUGUCCAACUUUACCCUGUGGAGAUAGCCACAGUGGAAGAGUCCUUCAACGGACAGGACGUAGAUGAGGGCAGCUCAACACCAAAGCGGGAAGACAGAUCUCCAGGCAUGGGACCUCCUUCACUAUCCAGUCCGCCUUUUGGGCUGAAGCCCCGCUCAGCCCCACCCUCACUCACAUGCUCACCUCCUCCUUCCUCUCUAGACCACUCCCUCCUCUCACAGGCAUCACACGUACAUCAUAGACAUGGCGAUGGAGGCAUGCACAGCCUGGUGUACAUGCGGAGCCAUAAGAGCAUGGAGUCUGUGGAUCCACAGUUUACUAUGAGGCGGAAGAUGGAGCAGCUGCGUGAGGAGCUGGAGCUCAUGGAGCACCUGAGAGAUAUCAUAGAGAGCAGACUGAAAGUUGUCCUUCCUGAAGACCUCGGCUCGUCUCUGAUGGAUGGUGUCGUGCUCUGCCAUCUAGCCAAUCACAUUCGCCCUCGUUCUGUGGCUAGCAUCCAUGUUCCUUCUCCAGCAGUGCCCAAGCUCAGCAUGGCAAAAUGUCGAAGAAAUGUAGAAAAUUUCCUGGAUGCCUGCAGGAAAAUAGGUGUACCACAGGACAAACUAUGCCUUCCUCACCACAUCCUGGAGGAGAAAGGUCUGGUGAAAGUGUGCGUCACAGUACAGGCUCUGGUGGACGAGGCCUCCUCCAAACCCCCCCUCCUGGUGUGAGUGGCGGGCCCCAAAGUGAACGUCGCACACUGACGCUGCUUCAAAAAGCCACAGCUAUGCUCUGCAUCAUUCUCAGAAACUGCACUGAUUUCUUGUCAGGGUGCAGAAAGGGAACUAAUUAAUCGACUCUGAGAGAGGAACCUGGAAUUCAGUGUGGAGGCAAAUAGAUGACGAGCAGUUUACUUUGCUGCAAGUUAUUUUUAACCAUAAAACAAUCAAUUUGGGAUCUUUAUUUUUUUUUUUCCUGUAAACGGUUUUUAAAAUGUAAACAAAAUUAAGAAAAUAUUUACACUUGCUGGUUCCAUCCUUGGUAAAAUAUGAAUAUGAAGUGAUCAAAAAGAAAUUUGUGUUGUGAUUAAAAGAACAUGUUCUAUGUGUUUGUUUAUGAAAAAAGCCAUAAAAUGCCAAAAUUACAUUGUUUUUCCUUUAAUGUCAAACUCAAAAAUUGAGAAUAUUACAUUCAGACAUAAGAUGCAAAAUAUUUUUUGUGUAAAUUGGAAAUUUAAUUUGUUCCUUUUUCUAGUUUGAAUUGUUCUGUUACAGAACUUUGCAUCUUUUCCCCUCAAACCUUUAUUUUUUACUGCCUGCUUUUAGUUUUAAAAUCACAAAAUGGGUUUUUCAAACUAAAAUAUAUUUAGACAAAGAUUGGACAUGUCUAGGCUUACUGGUCUGAAUAUUUUAAUUGCCUUAAUUGAUUUCACUGUGUAUGCACACAUAUUUUGUAUCUUUUUAUUAUUAUUUUUGUGCUCUGUACAGGAUUUAAUCUGUUAUUUUGUGCUGAACGUGUAGUUGAAACAUUUUCAGUGUUUUACCUUUGGCUCUUUGAGGAGAAUCAAACCCAAAUACUAAGGUCUUAUGACAGAGGGAGACAGCUUUUAUCUAUCUCUAUUUAAACCAGAAGAUAUUUAUAAUAUAGAGAAGCUGAAGAACAGAGGCUUGAGUUGUUGUAUAGAAUCAGACAGAAAUACUCCAAAGCUAUUUUUCUCUAAUAUAUUUUGUGUAAUAAGUGUGUAUAUUUUCUAAAGGUUAACUGGGACUGUGCAUUGGUUUUUCUGCGUAUCCCUGAUGCGGGUGUAUCUGUCUUAAACUGUCUCAGAGGGGACCCUAACCUGAGUUUCUGUUUAUCUUUGACCAGUCCUCAUAUGUCUAACCAGUGUUUCUCCAUUGAAAAUGAAUCAGAUGGACCAGUUGGUGUGUUUAUGUCAGAUGCAGUUUGUUUCAUAAUGUGCCAAAACAUGUGAUGUUAUUAGAUUAUAGUAAGACAGUUCUGAAAUUGUGCAUGCAAGGCUCAGAAGCCUGUAUGAACAGACGUUCAAUUACACACUAACAGAACCUCAGAAGGAUUUACACCCCUUCACUUUUCAUGUCUCUUAAGGGCUCCAUAUUUAUUUUCUCUAACACUUAUGAGAUGAGGCAACUAUAGCUUGACCCCCACAGAGUACCUUUGUCAUCUUAUCUGGUCUAUUCUUUCACAUAUUAGCUAUAUAUCCUUCAUUGGUCAGGCAAUUUCACUAGUAGCCUGUACUAUAUUUCAGUAACAUGUCAAAGAUUCUUAUUGUUCCUAAUGUAGGUCUGCAAUGCUGAAGUCUUUAAGACAUUUUAAAUAAGUAUAGUGUUGAAGGUUGGGGAACAAAAAGUCUGGUUUUCUUUAUCACACCUUGAAAGAGCAAAUUUGGAGUUAAUGUAGCAAAACAUUCCCCUGGCCUGCUGACUGUUAAGAGUGUGUGGGUGUGUGCUUGUGUGUGCCUGCUUCCAGCUGGAGUUGAUGAGAAACUGCAGACUGUGUGAGUCAGGCUGGGCCUGGUUUACUGCCCUGUUGAUGCCUUAUUACACAGUGUGCUUCGUCAACAGUAUGUGUGUGGGGGUGUGACCUUUGGCACUGCAGACCUGGAAAAUAUGGAGCUUUAAGUGGGCAGAAAAAAACUACUGGCUCUUAUUGAACACUGUAGUUAGAUAAGUGGGAAUUUGUUUAGAUUUAAUUUUCAGCAUUACUGUAGGUCUGCUGUCCCUUUCUUAUAUAUUAGGCUCCAGAUGUUUCUAUUUAGUUUCUUGUACUUAACAAGGCUGAGACUCUUUCGUCAUUGGAUUUUUGAAACUGCAACAAAAUUAGUGGUUAAAUGUUUUAUGAUUUACCAGAAUGUCUCUUUGAAUGAUACGGUGCUUAAUCUCCUGAACUUAAUAUUGCCAUAGGGUAUUAUUUUAACUGAAAUGAAACACCAUUCAAAACUCAUAAUAGUAAAUAUAGAAACUACUAUAAAACGGGGUCAGUUUCAAGAUAUGUUUUGUCUUAAGGUGCAACAGCUGAACAAAAUAGAAUAGUUUUAGGAUUCUGCAAAGCUUUACACCGCUGAUAGCCACUGUAGCCCAUUACAGUUUAUUUGAAGAGCUUUUGAAAGUUUCAGAUGAAAGUUUUUAUCAAAAAAGAAAAUUUUUACUGUGAACUCUCAGUAUGUUUUGUAGCAGCAGUUUAUUUUCUACACGUUUGUGUUUGUCCCGAGGCUUUAUCAAGGGUUGCAACAGUGAUAAUAUAAAAAGGGCAGAGUCAUUUUAGCCUGUUAUUUAUUUAUAUAAUAGGAUUUUAUGGUUAAAACAGUUCUUAUUUUAACUGACUUCUACAACUUAUGUUGACGAUUAACUUUGUUAGUAUUUCCAAAACACCUGUAUUAAUUUGUAUACUCUAGAGAAUACCGUUCUGUACCUUUACUAUUACCAAAUGCUACCAAUUUUUCCAGUUUCAACAUGUUUUAGAUCAAGAUCAGAGUAUUAGCUCCAACAUGCUGAUCCUUUCUGUUAUCAGCUGGAAGUCUCAUACUUUUUGGAUUUCUUGCUGCUUGAUUAAACUGCAGACAAGUUCAGCUUGUUGUAAAAAGUAUUUGGUCAUAAAACACCAGAUCAAAAGAAAUAUUUAAAGGAAGACAUUCUGGAUGCAAAGAGCACUGUAGAUAAGUGUGGUAAGGAUGACUUGGUUGUGUUUAGGUUGUUAAUUUUGAGUGCUAUUGGUCUUAAAAUCCUUUAAUUGUGGUUGGAAGGCUAGCCUCUGUGUUCGGGCCUAACUACUUUCCACCAUAAUUGUCCAGCUUGUUUUCACAUCCUCAGCCCUGUAGCCUCAGUUAGGUCCAGUCAUACUGAUCCUAUCAAGCCACAAAUAAAGCAACCUCGUUAUUUUUUUACAGAAUCAUAGAUGUGAAAACAAAUGAGGCUGAGAGGCUUGAGUUUUUGAUUUAAAAACCUAUAGCUCCAUGGCCAUGUUAUUUUUUGAAGAAACUGAACCAAAUUUAGGGAGGUGAAAGCCUCCCCCCUAUUGGCAGAUAAUAGGUACUACAGAUGGACCAGAAGGAUUUUUAGAAUAAUACAUCCGAUAAGUUUUCUUUUGCAAUAGCAGCCAAUAGUGGAAAAUCUAGAGUCCUGGCCCUUCUAAAGAAUGCACCAAAACAUGUCUGCCUUUUGUUUAAAACUUGAGUGCCAGAAACAAACUUCUAACGUUCUUGAAUAGUUGACCAGUUUGGGUAUUUUCAUGUGUAUCUGAGGCUUGAUAAAUUUCCAGAUUCAGCAGUAAAUUAAUCAUUUUUAAUCAAACUACGCCUAAAAGGCUUCUACUGGAUGGAUUAGUCGUCUAUAAAGCAAACAUUCUUUGUUUUGGAUUUUUUUUUUUUUUUUAACCAUAGAUUAACCUGUAAAUAUUUAUCACCAUGUGGAGAAUUUUUACUUUAUGUACUGUAUUAACAGCUGUUUUCACCAUGAUAUCAUGAAAAUUAUUAGUUUUAUGUAUUCAACACUAUGGGCGGCUGACAGGUCGAUAUAUCCCCAUAAAUCUGAGAGCUAGAAUUGCUGCUCUGCAGUGUUGUCCCUCUUACUUAUUUUAACCUGGGGAGGAUGGCUUCCUGGUUUUGAACAUCCCUGGGGUAUAAACUAUUCACUUCAAUCAAACAGAUCAUAGGGAUAUGUUUGCAGUGACUCAGGAGCCUGAAACAGGCAACUUGAUAAUUAAUUUUUUUGAGUCUUCCACAGGGAUGUGCCUAGGGGAGGAAAAAGCAUAAAAACAACUUUUGGUAAAAUCUGGUAAGGCAGAGUUUUGGUUAGAAAUAUGCCAGUGAAAACAAUGUAUGAGCCUGCUUAUGUUAAGCAGCUGUUAAGAAACUGCCUGUAUUCUGUUUUUUGUUGUUGUUUUUUAAACUUUUGACGGGUAGAAAAUAAUUUUUGUUUUUCAGGUUCGUUGAACUUUUGAUGUUAACCAGCCUUUUUGUAAAAAUGUGUGAUUUUUUGUCACAUGUACAGCAUGCAUGAAAUGUCUCAGUAAUGUCGCCUUAACUGCUGUGAA